AGGCUCGCCGAUUCUUUCAACACCAUCAAGGAGGCCACUGUCAAAAAGGAGCGCUCGGCCGUGCGCAACUGGCCGGCCUAUCUGCUCACCCUGCUGAAGAAGGUGGACUCGGACCAGGCCUGGAAGGCUGCGGCAGGCUGUGCUGGGGCAGUGCUGCGGCCGCGGCAGGCUGCGGCAGGCCGCGGCAGGCCGCGGCAGGAUCGCGAGGCCCGAGCGCGCGCCCGCGUGGUUGCCGCCGCAGCGUCCAACGGCGCCACGCCUGAGGCCGAGGGUGGCGGCGAGGAGCCCGACAGCGGCAACUGG